CGCCGUUCUACACACCAUUGUUCGCGUCUCUUCGCGCCUCUCCGCGCCUAGAAUCUCGAAACUCUGCUCCAUGGCCACCGAUUGCGCUCUCUUGUGGGAUUCCUCAGCCUGGCUCUUGCGCAAUCGGACCCUCGGCUUUUCGCGGCGUCGACACGUGAAAGCGAUCGCGUUGUAUAUAAAUCCAAACUCCUGCCUCUGAGUGCUUGUCUGCCACCACCAUCACCAACACGAUGAUAGUUCAGGCGACAAACCUGACUACCAUACGGAACGGAUAUCAUGGCCCGCCGACGGCGACCCUCGAUUGGUGCGCACCGUUUGUGAUGCGCUUGAGCGUUGACGGAGCGUUAGCUUGCUAGGUGCGAGGAGAACUAUCAAUUCUCGCACUACAUAGCUGGUUGGAUCUAUUCAUGCUGAUCUGGAACUACUCUGAGGAUGAAUGCUUGUAGAGAUGGCUAAUACCGUGUCGAAUCUCGCUACCGUCGGGUUCGCUCUAUUUGGGCUGCUGAGGUGUAAUGCCGAGAAACGUAUGCCCGCAGCCCAUCCACCGUGUUUCCUGUCUUGACCCCUGCCAGUCCCAACGCGGUUUGCUCUCGGAUACCUGGGCAUUGCUCUCAUCGGCGUAGGGAGCGCCUACUUCCACGGAACACUGUUGUUCCAGGCACAGCUGGCUGACGAGCUACCGAUGAUCUAUGUCGCCUCGAUGCCGCUUUGGCUUUUAUUUGACCUUGACACGAAGUUUGACAUGAAGACCAGACGAACACGAAUACUGGGCUACUCGGUUGUUGCAUUCGAUGUGCUUUUCACAUGGUCGUAGUGAGUCGUGAUCCGGACAGGCUUCUCGGUAUCUCGUUAUCCCCAAUGCGUCUAGCUAUCUCUACCGAAACCCAGUGUACCACCAGAUGGUCUUCGGGACCAUGCUUUUCACUGUCGCGGGCCGGAUCUACUUCGUGAUUGCCCGCUCACCGCACAGGCGGCGCAUUUCCCCCGAGAACAAGCGUCUGAUAGGACGCAUCUUCACUUCUGGAGUCGCUCAGUUCUCGUUUGCAUUCCUCGUUUGGAAUCUAGAUAACAUCUUCUGCAACACCUUGACGAUGUGGAAGAUCAGAAUCGGAUGGCCUGCAGCUUUCCUCCUAGAAGGGCAUUCCUGGUGGCAUGUUUUCACGGCCAGCGGAACUUACUUCAAGUAUAUUGGGAUUCAAUGUCACUAUGCGUCAAGGAUGAUCAGCGAAAUUACACAUUAUCAAGCAAGUGGGGGCUUCCGUAUGUUAAACGAGUGGACAAGAAGAGCCGGUAAUCGUCCAUAUGUAAUACUUCUAGAUCUAUGCUAGAGACUCUCCAACAGUCCAUUUGGCGAAUGCAUGCAAAUCCACUGUAUCCAUCUUCUGCGCCUUGGACCAUGCUUCAAGUACUUUGCCCACCGGCUGCCCGGACAUGUCACCGGGAAUCAUGAAAGGCUGGUUGUACAAUGCAUCCUCGGCACCCUCCGGACCGCGGACUGAACGUGUCUCAAAACCUGCGAUCUGUCGGGCCAACGACCGUUCAAUGCGUUCGAGUUCCCCUACGAACGUGGGAUCCUGGAAUGUCUCGUGGAGGUGGGGUGAAGCCAGUUGGAGCAGACCUAGCACUCCAAUCCGACCUUGGGUGGGGUCGUUGAUCGAAUUGUGCAUGUAGAACGGUGUCCGGUAGCCCACUGUCAGCGUGGAAGGUGGCGGCCGCACGACAGUCACUGCACGGCGGAGGACGACGUUCUCGCCCACUUUCGCGAUAAGGUCUCGUAUGGCGCGGCUCACGGUUGAGUCGGGACUGGGAUUCGGGUUCUGGGAACUGAGGAGCGGAGCAUCCUGAAGGAUCUCGACUGGCAAUGGAGAGAAAUGCGAAUCUGUGGCGGAAGGCUCUGCAAGGAAGGCGGCGGUGUGAGCAAUGUCGGCUACCAGUGAGCCAAAAAGCGCGUUCCGUCCAACAAAAUCCGUCUCGCAGUUGAGCUCAAUCAUCGCCGCUCGCACGCCACCGCUCUGGGAAGCGGUGACUCCCGGAGACAGAACCGCGACGCCGACAAGACCUUCGCCUGUGUGCCUGUCCUGCACUUUAGCAGCCUUCUUUUCACCAGAUGCGAGGAGGUCUUGUUUCAGCCAUUCUAAUGCACCGUUCACGUCGUUGUUUGACGCGCUUAGAGCCUCUCGCGCUUUGACGAUCGAGACUUCCGUCAACUUCCGGAGUUCGGCGACGAGUUUGAUGGACGGCUUCUCCGUCAAGUAGUUACGCGCGUUGCGGAAGUAAAGCGAAGGCGCGAACAGUUGUUUCCUGCAGAGAGCUAUUGGCCACAUAUCAGAGGCGGACGUUGGCAGGAAAAAAAACGAGACGCGUGACCGCGUAAUGUCACGCGAUGUGACGCAGCGUUUCUCAAAAUUUCUUCCGCCUCUCAUGAGCUUCGCGAUUCCAAGCCUAGUUCCUCAAGACUUGCGGCUUAUUCAGGACAUCCUUGGAGUGCAAACUGCGCCUCCGAGACCACCAGCAAAGCCUCUGUCGGACGACUCAGAUAUCGAUAGUUCUGGUUCGGACACAGACAGUGAGAACGAAAGCGAAGAUGAAAUCCAGGCGGACCUCAUCAAAACAGAGGAUGUUGGAGAUGAUCCUCUAAAACUUGCUGCUACAUAGCUCUGUAUCUAGCAAUGAACUUACCGCCGGAUCUGUGCAGCAGCCCACUGCCACCUCUACGGAAGGAAGCACCACUGCUAUCGUGCAACCUAUUGUGCCGAGUGAAAACGACUCUGUUCCCGCGAAAAUCUCGCCUCCCGUGCCUGUUGAAGAAACUCGGUCUCUAUCGCAAGCGUUGCCAGUUUCAGCCUCUGAAUCUGAAGACUCAUCUGACUCUGACUCCGACUCCGAUUCUGAUGAUAGCGUCAAAUCGGCGCAACGGGCGGGUGAUAAUACAGUCGGCGAAGACGAAGAGGAGGCCAGCGUCCCAGCAGGAACGAUGUCCUACUUUCAGACAAAGAAUGAGAAGGUCGAGGAGGACAUCGUCGUUCCUGAUGUCUCACAGGUCGAGGAGGAUGAGGCUCUGGAGCACAUUGGUGAAGUCAUGUCUAUCAUUGGACAGGUCGUCAUCGUCAAAGGGCGGGCGAACGAUAUCAUUCAUCGCUCUUCAGCCAAGGCGCUGGACUCGGAGACUUUACUUGUUUUUGAAGACCGCAAAGUGCUCGGAUAUGUUUUUGAAACCUUUGGCCCUACCGCUCAGCCCUUGUAUCAAGUCAAAUUCAAUACGUCUUAUCCUUUGGACAAGGAGAAGGUCCAAGUUUCGCGUCAGGUCUUCCACGUGCCACGACGGAGCAAUUUUGUAUUCGUGGAAGCGUUGAAGCGUCUCAAAGGCAGUGACGCAAGUAAUAUGCACGACGAAGAACCUGCAGCCGAUGAACUCGAGUUUUCGGAUGACGAGGCGGAAGCCGCAUACAAGAGUAGCUUGAAGCGAAAACGAGAAUCGCGUGCCAAUUCUGUUGUCUCUUCACGACAACCCUCACCAUCACCUACUUUGAUGCGUGACCAAGAUUUGGCCGCUUUCGAUCGCAAUCCGUACGGAGCUCAUAGCGUCUACGAUGCUGAUUUCGGUGCUGGACCCUCGAGACCCGCGCCUAUUCCUUAUGACGAAGACCCGUACUCCGACGUCUAUGACCAGCCGCCUCCAGGAUCGUCAACACUGAGCGCAUCAUCUACACUAUCUUCACGACCACCAUCACGAGCCGAACGAGAAGAUGGGCGGCCGAUAAGGCAGAGAGGGCGAACACGUGGCUCCCGUGGCAGACGAGAGCGUGGCCGUAAUGGAAAUGGCGGGGACCGCCAGGCAUUCCGGGACCGCCCAUCCAAGUAUCAGGACGGCGAUCGGCCCUUCGAGCCUCAGCAAUACACCCAACCACCUCCUCGACCGCUAUCUCCCACCUCCAUGGCGAUAGCGCGUGCCACCGGGCAAAUGCCCGAUGGCUCCAACUUCCAGACCGGGGGCUGGAACCAACAAGCUCCUCAGUGGUCAGGAUAUAGUCCCAGUCCGGGUCCAGGUCCUGGUUUCGUGCAGCCUCAUAUCAAUCCUCGCUUUGCGCAAGCGUUCGGAAUGGCAUAUUCCCAUCCAGGGUCAUUUCAGCAGCCGUAUUAUCCGAUGCAGAAUACGGCAUGGACUGGUGCUGAAGAAUGGACAGUGCAUGGCACUGAUGAAAGUAAUACAUAGCGAAUAUCUGUACUUGUCUAAUUUGUGUCUGCUUGGCAUUCCACAUCUCUGUUCAUGGC